AUGUUCUACUCCUGGUUAGCAAUACGCUCGAAAGUGAUGUUCUGCUGCUGGUUUGCGAUACGCUUAAGAGUAAUGUUCUACUGCUGGUUGGCGAUACUCUUGAGAGUAAUGUUCUGCUGCUGGUUGGCGAUACGCUUAAGAGUGAUGUUCUGCUGCUGGUUGGCGAUACGCUUAAGAGUGAUGUUCUACUCCUGGUUAGCAAUACGCUCGAAAGUGAUGUUCUGCUGCUGGUUUGCGAUACGCUUAAGAGUAAUGUUCUACUGCUGGUUGGCGAUACUCUUGAGAGUAAUGUUCUGCUGCUGGUUGGCGAUACGCUUAAGAGUGAUGUUCUACUCCUGGUUGGCGAUACUCUUAAGAGUAAUGUUCUGCUGCUGGUUGGCGAUACUCUUAAGAGUAAUGUUCUGCUGCUGGUUGGCGAUACUCUUAAGAGUAAUGUUCUGCUGCUGGUUUGCGAUACGCUUAAGAGUAAUGUUCUACUCCUGGUUAGCAAUACGCUCGAAAGUGAUGUUCUGCUGCUGGUUGGCGAUACGCUUAAGAGUGAUGUUCUACUCCUGGUUAGCAAUACGCUCGAAAGUGAUGUUCUGCUGCUGGUUUGCGAUACGCUUAAGAGUAAUGUUCUACUCCUGGUUAGCAAGUUCUGAGAACAAUUCGCUAAGUAGUUCCCUGACAACUGGCUAA